CUUUUUUUGUGUGGAGAACUCUAUCUUGUAUUUCUAGUAUCUUUGAUAUAUAUCACACCAAUGGCAGCGGAAGUGAUCUGCGACUGAAAAUAAAAUGGAUGGUUUCAAACUAAAUGCCGCAAAAAUGAGAGCUGCACAAGAGCGCAAGAACAGAGCACAGUCACCAGAGACAGAGAGCAAUUGGGAUAGCACAGACCAGGAGGAGGAUGAUCUUCCACAGAUAAGCUCAGAAGAGGAAAGCAGCUUCAAGUAUAAUACCAAGAAACAUACAUCACCAAACCACAAAAGUAAUAAAAGUUAUAAUAAUAAUGUGAGCCAAAGAUCCUCCACACCUUCAAAGAGUAUAGAUACAGCUCGAGCUGUACAGGAGGAACGACGAUCAUACAGGAACUCCCCAGCUCUCAGUACAAGAAGUAGCAGUAACAAAAACCAGAAAGCAGUGAAUGUUUUUGUAGAUAAUGGUUUUGACUCGGAUGAAAAUGAAUCAAUCUCGUCAACGAUUAAACGACGACCAAAGGAAGAAGUACCACCAUAUGAUUUCAAAGCAGAAGUAAAAGGAGCAGGAGAUUCAGUCAAGCGACCAACUCAAGCAUCUGGGAAGCCAAGGAAAGGUCAAUUAUAUGAUGCCCCACCUAAACAGAAAAGUACAAAUCAGACCACUCCAUCCUGGGAUGAUUCUGAUGAAGAGAAAAAAAUGUUGGCGGAGAUUCGAUCAGAAAUGGAGAAAAGCCAAUUGAAGGCACCAAAAACACACCUUGAUGUUCCAAAGGGUGAUAUUAGACACAGCCAACCAACUUCCACCAAGAGUACACCAAAUAUGUCAAAGGCAAAGAAAGCCUACAAACAAGGAAAGAAGAUGACAUCACACAGUAGCGAAGCUCUUUCCCACCAAAGUAGACAACAUACAGCGGGUCUUGUAGUGACAGCAUCUGAUGUAGAUCUGCAGAGGGAACCAGUGUCACUAGGGAACACAGCAAAAGGGAACCAAGAGAUGGUGGAUAUGUUCCAAGUGGCCACACCAGACGAGGAUUACCCCAGUUCAUCAGUAGAUGAUGAGCAGACCAGUACUCGAUAUGUAUACUAUUAUGAACAUGGCAGCCUAAAGUAUUAUGAUACCAGACAGGGGAGGCAGGAGAUAUACAUGGAUAAGAUUGCAGACAAAUCAGAAACGCUUGUUAGACGAGGUGUCCAAGAGUUCUUCGCUGCCUUCAGAAUUCUAGUUGACUUUAUACUUAUUCUUCUCCUUGAAACCAUGCGGUUUGUAGCAUUUAACAUUCUCCAAACAUUAAUUGUUGGCAUCUUUAAUGUUUUUGGAGAUUACCUACUCAAACCAAUCUUAGCGGCCCUUUUCAACAGUAUUCUACAGCCACUUUCAACAUUUGUUUACAAUGUUGCUAUAGCAACCAGAACAGUGAUGACACCUAUUGGAGACAUAAUCAAGGUCAUCUUGACACCAUUCAUAAUGUUAGUGAAGGCAUUCAGGUUAUUUGAAAUUAAUUGGAGGAGCAGUCCUCCAACACGUUUAAUUGAAGAUGUUUAACUAUUGUGCAUGGUGAUGAACAUUUCCAAAAUUAAUUUUUAAUUUAUGUACAAGUAAUAUGUGCAUGGAAUGCAAUUAGUCAAGUAUAAAAGACUGUUGUGUACCAAGAUUGAUCCAAGAAAAAUGUUUCUUUUUUAUGGCUCCAAUUUUGAUAUUGUGGCCCUCUUGGUCAACUGUGCCGACUUGUUUUAACCAAAGAGUAUAGAAUGUAAAGAGAGCACAGUCCCUUUGCAAAUACAUCGUUCCCUAUUAACGAUGUAAGUUGCCAUCAUCGUCAUAAAGUGAGCCUGCUGCGUUGAGUUGUCUCGUGGAAGUUCGCUCCCACAUAAUAUAUUAAAACGCAUUCGUUUCUAAAAAAUAGUAACAUUAAUCUAUCGCCGUCUGUGCUAGGGUUUACUGGGUAACUAAAAUUGACAACCGAACACAGCGGGUGUCCCCAUAGCAUGUAUGACGCUCGCAACAAGUGUACUGUGCUCUUUUUGUUUUCCUUUGAUCUUUGAUAUUUCCUUGAAAUGCUAUUCAAAGUUCAUUCCGUCCAGAUAUAAUUGUCUGCUCAAUUGUCAUUGGUUGUUGAAGUUUGUACAGUAUAGUCUUGCACUACAUUAUGUGGAUGAAAGUAUGGGGUACAGUAUUAAGGCCGUAACAUAUUUGCCAUGAUAAUAUAUUUUAAAAUAUGAAUAGUCAUAAUAUGACAAUAUUAUUGUCUUUAUAGUUCUGUAUUAAUGCACUGUUUACCUUGAUCUACCAAUUCCUCAUGUUAGUAUUACACUAUUUACUUACUAUUUUAAAAAUAUUUGUAUUAUAUAUUUAAUACUAUACAAGUUUUUUUUAAAUUUAUGAAUGUUAUAAAUUAUAAAAAUCUGUAUAUACUGCAUGUGCUACAACAAUUGAUAAAUCCAAAAUGACUUGACAAUCGAUUUAAUUAAUUUUGAAAUUAAAUAUACCAAAUACAUCAAAGCUUUAUAAUACAGUAAAAUUGUUUGUUGAUUUAGAUAAUCAUAAUGAUAAAUGUUUUAUAAUACUAUUUUAGACUUUUGAUGUAGGCCUACUGUAGCUUGAUGUUGUUUCUUGCCAAACAUGUUUUUAAAUAUUGUUUCAUAAUAUUAUUUGUAAUUGUACUAUGUUUAAAUGCAAAAAGUAUUUUUAUAAACAUUUUCGGAAAUAAAUGGCACAAUAGUGCAAUAAUGAGUUUGA